AUAAAAACCCGAAAAAAGAGAGAAAAAAAAGAAAAAAAUUGUAAAACCCUAAAAUCUAAAACCCUCAGUUCCUCUGUCUGUAGAGUGAAAAGUGAAAUAGAAAGAGUUUAAAUGUAGUUGGUGUGGAAGUGGAUUUCAAACAUGGGAAAGAAUCUGAUGGCAAGAAUAGCAGCAGCUGGAACCCAGUCCUUGAAAUUCAACAACCAAUCCCGUAACAAAGUAAAAAAUAUUGAUCAGUGGCGUAGAAAUUUCAAUUCCAAUUCCAAUGCUGCCUCUGUUCCUGACUCUGACAGAGUAGUUCGUACCAGGCUCUCCAAACUUGAACGUCAAGCUAUAGUCGAAUCCUUUGUUAGCAAGUAUAGAGAAAUGAAUGGUGGAAAAUUCCCAACUGCUUCUUUUGCAGUUAAACAAGUGGGUGGGUCUUAUUAUACUGUUAGAAAAAUCAUUCAGGAGCUACAAUACAAGUCUAAACUGUCUUCCUCGGAUACCAGGAAAGGAACUCCAACUAUAUCCUUUCUGUCGUCUCAACUAAAGCCUGCAAUGCCGGGUAGUCACUCUGAUAUCGAUGCAAAACAAAGCGAUGUCCUUAAAGUGGAUGCUGAAGUUUCUCCUUGCUUAGAGAAACCAGAGGAGGAAGCUCAGGAAAAUCAUCUGCUAAAAGAAGAAACUGAGGAUGCUUCUCUUUCGUGUCUACAACCAUCUGAGAAUGUUAAUGCUGAAGAAGUUUCUCCCUUAUGUUUUGAGAAACCUGCAGAUGACAAAAAGGAGGAUGCUCAGCACAAUGAUUUUGAAAAAGCAGAGGAUGGUAAACAAGAGCAAGCUGUUGAUCACAACUUGCCAAAUGUUGAUGGUCUAGGGUCUAUAGCGGAGCAAGAUCAAGGAUCCAUUGAACUAGACAAAAAUGUGAAAGAUGUUUCUACUAGGCAGAAAAAUGAUGCAGAAGUUCCUAGGAAAUCAUCUCUGUGGGGAAAUCUGAAGUCAUUAGCAGAUGGUAUCAUCAACAUUUGGAGAAAAAUGUAAAUUUUUGUCCAGUGCUUUGCAGCUGCGAACUUUGAAGGCUGCAGCUGGUAGCUCGAUUGUUUUGAACCAAUCAAAACAUGAUUUUUUUUUUCCAUUCCCAUUGACAUCGUGGACUUGGAGAGAGAGAGAGAGAGAGAGAGAGAGAAUCUGAUAAUUUGGUGCAGGUAGUAGAGUUUGUGCCAUCUUGAUGAUCUGGUGUAGGUCCCGACUUCACAACAACGAUGACUUAAGAUAUGUUCUAGUGUGCUACAAUUGAAUUGGAAGCAGAAUAGAUCAAAACGUGGCAAACUUUCUUUUAGGAAAAUUUGGACUGUAUAUUGUUUCAUAGAGGAAAUGGAAUUUGCGCAGUGUACAGUGGGUUAGAACUUUUAUAUUAUAUAUAUCAGCGGGCAGGUGGAGGGUUGGGAAAUGUUGACUAGUCAAAUCUAACGAUGUGUGAUUUUGAAGAAAAGAUGAAUUGAUCAUACACGAAAGCAUAAACUGAAUAUGGAUUCCUUAUUUUAUUUUAUCUUUUUUUGUUGUAUUUGAAUUAUUCCUACUAUUCAAUUGAUUUUGGUAGUUACUUACAUUGUA